CUAUAGUGGAUUUUUUGUAAGAUUGGUCAAGUUUAAACUGUAAGGCGACAUCGGGAUUAGAUUUCAAAGGGUUUACUUACUUGGAAUGAAGAGACACCAGGGUUCUUCAGCAGAAUGAUAUAACAGUUUUCACAAGGUUGCCAAAUUUGCCGACGAAAUUGAACAGUAAACAAUGAACUUGCAACGGUUAAACGUGAAAUUUAUUAGUUUUGCAAUUUAUGUUGAAGAUGCAUAGAACCCUGAAAAUAAAGAUAACGGAACUGAACCCGCAGUUGAUUUGUGUGUUAUGUGGUGGUUAUUUGGUAGAUGCAUCAACAAUAGUUGAGUGUUUGCAUUCAUUUUGUAAGACGUGCAUUGCACGAUACUUAGACAACAGUAAAUGUUGUCCAAUAUGUGAUACCAUGGUACACAAGACUAAACCCAUGCAAAAUGUAAGAUUGGAUAAAACCUUACAGGAUUUGGUUUACAAGUUAGUCCCCGGAUUGUAUAAAAACGAGAUGAAGAGAAGACGUGAUUUUUAUGCAGCGUACCCAAUAGACCAAGAUCGACCGCCUGGUCCUAGCGAAGAUCGAGGCAACGAAGACCAUGAUAGAUUGAUUUAUACGGAGGACGAGAAGAUCAGUCUUGAGCUAGAACUAUUUGCAGGCUUCAAUCCAUCUGAGCACCUCGAAACCACAGUUGACAGCGAUCCAGAUAAGCUUAAGGAAAAGGAUAUUCGCUAUUUACUUUGUCCAGCAGGUGUAUGUGUAGGUCAUCUGAAGAAAUUUGUUCGCCUCAAAUUUGACAUUCCAAAAAAGUACAAGAUUGAUGUGUAUCAUUCAGACGAACCGCUAAAAGAUGACCUUACAUUAAUGGAUAUUGCAUACAUUUACACUUGGAGAAGGAAUUCUCCACUAAAAUUAAUCUAUAGUAUAUAUGAAGUCAUGGGAACAAAACGGACGGCUGCGUUUGAAGAAACGGCCACAGAAGUGACCAAAUAUCCCAGACUUUCUUCGGACACAGAAGAAACGGAUGCUUAUAGUGAAUCGGAAUCUCAAGAUAGUCUUUCACAAGAUGAGACAACCAAGAAAGAUACAAACGAAAAUCACAUUUUUCACAAUGAAAAAAAUAACUUAACGACCGGUGUUAAUAGAAUGGAAAACGGUAAUCAGUGCAAAAUUAAUGGAUUUUAUCUUGACAGUGAUCUCCCUGUUGAUUUGUCCAAUCACAAACCAAAGAAGAUCACAUGUGACAAUGAAGUUUCUACAGACAACAAAAAAGAUGCAAACGGUUUUAUUGGACACCAUUUCUUACAAAAACCUUACACUGUUAAUAGAAACUCCCCUAACGACUUUUCUUUCAAACCAAAGAAGAAAAGGAAGAACAUGGACGAUUGUAUAAAAGAGAAAGGAGUACAUUCGAACAAAAAGACCUUCACAAAGUCUGAAUAUGAUUUCAACGAGUAGAUUUCAUCUUAUUCAGUAUGUUAAUAUAUAUCAGGAAACGUAGAUUUAUCAGGGUCCUCAUAUUCACAGGAACAGUAAAAGGCAGCUUUAUACCUUUCUUGUCUUUUCUCACUCUUACACAGUUCAAUUGUAUGAAAUUAAAUUUCUGUAUUACAUGAAUCAACUUUAUGUAUGCUAUUUCAGAACACAAGAUAAAGGGGCUGUACAAGCUUCAUCUUUUAUUUAGGAUUAGCUGUGAAUUAUUGUUUAAUGUUAGUGCUUCAGAUGUUAUAAAAUCGAGCACUCUAAUAUUUUUUAUUUUCUGUUUGAUUAUAAACGGAUUAUUGUGCUGAUGAGCUGAGUAGAUGCAAUGUAUUUAAUGGUGCUAUAUGUUUAUAUACUAUGCUUUGUAUUGUAUGUACAAAUGUAUUUUAAUUGAAGAAAGCUUCUUCCAUGAAGCACAUGAUUACAUUUGUAUCAUUGGAUUAAUGAUUUAUAUGGAUGGUUAUCUCAUUGUCAUAUCAUAUUUCCAUUUUAUGUUUUAUACUUUCUGUUCAAAUUAAAAUUUUGCCAGAAAUUAUUAACACUUUAUUUCAAUUUCUGGUAGUUUUUUUUUUUUAGAAUAAGAAGAACAAACUUUUUAUGGAAUGUAGAACUGAAUAUUGCUAUAUUUAAUUCUGUAUAGUUCUACUGUAUUUUACCAUGUGAAAUAUUACACAAAGAUUCAUUUUGUUACUUAAUUAGUUGUUAAUAUGACGGAAACUAUUUCUAAAA